AUGAAAAGGAAACAACGAACAAUGUUUUCACCUCUGGAAGUCUGGGAACUGGAGAGAGUGUUUGCACAGAGACGAUAUUUAAUGCCGGAAGACGAAGACGAAUUGGUACAAAAACUUGGAGUCACUGCAAGGAACGUACGGGUAAGAUUUAUUUACUUAAGUUUUUGGAUACGGUAUUAAAGGCUUUUGCUUUAUGCCGUUUAAUCUCUUUGCCGAAAAGAUUUAGUAACAUUUAUUUAUGUACGUAUACGGCUGUUUCGGAGAAGGUUGUCAAGAAAAAAAGCAUAAAAGUACAGACAAAAACCCCGAAAGGCAUUGAGGGCAGUUCUUAGGUCACAGUUGCUUGAGCUCUGGGUUUCAGGAAAUCUCAGAUAACGUCACUGUAAGGACAAGGCUUUGCCGGUUUGACGAGUUUAAUUAUUUAUUUCGGUUAUUCAAAUUCAUUGAAUACCAGAUACCCAGAUAACUUUUCGAGAUUGUGACAUGUACUUCCGUCUUUUUUUUUUUCGACAGCCUCUCUCGAAACAGUUGUAUGUCUAUAAAUAUCUUGCCGAAGCACUUGGUUCCUUUUUAUCGUUUUUGCACAUUAUUCAACUUACAUUAACGAAAACCAAUAAGAAGCCUUCCCUCCAGCCGCAUGACACAAGUUGUUAACGAUUAUUUACCUUAAUAUUUUCAGUUCUAGUUCCAAAAUCGUCAGGCCAAGUUACGGAAACAAGCAAAAGCCUCAGUUGAUGUCCAUCGAACCAGCCCAUGA